GGCUCUUGGGUAUAUGACGGGACGACGGCGACGGUCGCGGAGCACGACCGCGGUGAUGACGAUGUGAGAGGCGAGCGCUACAUGUGGGGUUGCCUGCUACCAGUAGAGUCAGUCAGAUAAGUUUGGCGAACGAAUCGAGGCCGCCGCCGCGUUUUGCUCUUGCGCCGGAGACUGUGGAAAGCUUUUAUUUCGCGUACGGUUUCGUCGUCGUUGUCGUCGCUGUCGUCGUCAUCGGCAGGGAAAACAAAUUCCUGGGGGAUGAGUUCCGGGAGGAUCAGCUGGAGGGUUGAUGGAUAUUGAACCGGAUUUGCUGAUUGAUAUGUCAUACGAAUAAAGUGGGUGUUCCAAGAGAUCUAAGCCAAGGCCGUCAAAUACGGUUUUGGGAGUGAAAAAAUCCGAAUUAGGCACAAAGUUAAAAUCCUACGUGGAACUCCGGCCUGCAGUGCCCUUGUGUCUCGGGUCUCGCAACAUCCAACAGUAUAGUGUAGCUGCGGCGUGAUCUUCAGUGAGUGAGUGCGCGAGAGAAAACGGGCCAUUUCUGUAAAAUUGUCGACGUCACUUAAUCUAAAUAUGACCGAGCGACCACCAUACUUCCUCCAUCACAGGAAAAGCAUCGGUGCGAAAAAUUGUGAAAAAUUUCAAGUGAAAAUCUAAUCAUCUCCGGUGUCGUAUGCGCGAAUCGCUGCUGCUGAGCAUCCAGCAGCCAGCCAGCAGCCGUUCACUGUUCGUUUCGUACACGGUGGUGCAGGGGGGAAAAAGUGCAAUUCAGUGACUCACAUUGCAACGAAUGCACAUCGAGCUGGCCUCGAUCACCGAACGAGUCAUUGGAAAUAAAUUACCAUCACUGUGGCUGCGCGCCGAGAAUACCUUUGGCGAAUAAAAGGUUCUGUUCAUUCAUCUGCAGCAGCGCCCGGGUGUGAAUUACUCUACAACACAGCACGAGUAGGGAGUGAAAUAUUUUUCCGAUGAUUAAUCGUGGAUUUUCGAUAUGGUCGUGAUUGGAUAAGGGGAUAGAAUAUAUAAAUCAAUAUUGGUAUGUACGAAACAGGUACAAAGCUCAGUGAUUAAAAUAGUUCGUUAUCGUUGUUCGUGAGUACGGUGAAGAAUCAGUUCAAAGGAAAAAAAACGAAGUGUUAUGAAAUUUUUAUGUGUUACUGAAUUUCAAUUUCGUUCGUCGAAGCAGCUCACCGUAAAAAAAAGAAGUGCUAUGUUUUUGUUUUCGAACAAAUGAUCACGGCAUUGGCGAUUGAGGUGUAUUUGUGUGCACAUGGGGGCAUAUCUACGUGCAAUGAGUAAAUAACUUCCAGCGGAGUCAGACACGGUGGUGCAGUGUAAUCGAAACAAAUUGAAUGGUGAUUGAUGUGUGAACGAGAACUACUAUACAGCUGGUGAGUUGGGAAAUGCAGUUCAAGAUGCAUUCGUCAUCGCGGUUGAACAGCAAGCUAGGGAAAGACUGCAACGCCUGUCGGCUCUCAAGCGGAUCACUCCGGUUGACAUGUCGCAACUGUCUAUAAAGCUCAACCAACAGAGUCAAGCCAAAGGCGGUACAACGCAAGAUUUGAGUUUUCUCAAGGAAGCCUCGCCAAUAUACGUAACGUCACUAUCGAACAACACCGUCUCCGUGACCAAUACUAGCACUACGGUGACAGCGGGAACAAAAACCAACUAUUCGGCUGGAUCCAGCUCACAACAAGUUGCAACAAAUAACAAUAAUACAGCCAAACCGAUAGGUAAUGUACCACCUACCGCCACUACGACUGCAACUAAUCCGGUGGCUGGGUCGGCUGCCAUAAAAAGUGCUCAAAAUGUGAUCAAUGCUGGCGCAAAGCCAAACACUAAUCAAAUUCAAUCAACUGCACCUCAAUCCUCCAACACCAGUUUAUAUUCGAAUGUUCCACCGUCGACAUCUCGCCAGCAAAAUAAUCUAUCUUCUGUAUCUACUAGCAUUGUGACACCAAGCGUAGCAUCAUCGUCUACUUUUAGAGCUACUUCAUCUACGGCCACACCCAAAUCUAACGAACAACAAUUCAAUCUCAAUAACAACAAUAACUCCAUCAACAACAACAUUAUUAACGUGAACCAUAGUCUAAUAAACAACAACAUCAAUAGCAAUAUUAGUAAAACUGGUGCUGGUAACAGUUCUUGUAAUAGUUACUACAGUAAUCUAACCAAUCCGAUUAUCGCAAAUGGUCACGGUCCCAAACGAGAGCUGGCCACACUAUCCGAAGGAGAACUCGAACUACAGGAAGAAUCGUAUGAAACGAACAGCAACAUAUCACGGGGAGGCACCGAAGUUCUGCUAGGCGACCAGAGUCUGCGACAGGAGAAUCGGACUCGUCGCCGUUCCGGCUCCAGCAUUGUUGUGUUGGGUGGUGAUGAUACACUAAAGCCUAGCCUGCCUAUUGAUGACUAUCAGGAGGAAGUCGAACUGUACAAUAUGAUUUCUGCUAAUCAAGACAACGGACCACAUCGGGAGAUGGCAGUUGAUGUACCUGAAUCAUUCAUAGCUCGCCAGAAAACACCGCCACGAUAUCCACCACCACGCAGCACAACACAGGUAAAUCGUGUUUCCAAUGCAAUGCCACAAGUCCCGAAACAUGCAAACGGAGGAGUCUCCUUGGAGCUGGAACCUCUUGAUGGCUACAGCGAUAGAAAUUCAUCCUCGUUCGACAGUAGCAGUGAAUUCUUUAAGAAAAACUCUAGCAAAGGGCCAUCGUCGCUGGGGUCGACUUGCGAGUCGAUCGGGUUCGAUUCGAUCAACUAUUUGAAAACCUCAAGAGGUUCGGUCAGUACAAGGAGCUCCUCGUCGGGGGACCUGGGCCCACCCGAGUAUGAUAUCGGGCCCCAUCGUGAGCUUCCAGUAGACGUUCCGGAUAGUUUUGUUGAAGUAAUUAAGGCACCACCCCGCUAUCCACCGCCUAAAGCAUUGAUCAUAAAAGAGGUUGUCAAAAAGAAAGAAUCAUCCUCAUCCGACGAAUCUAUCGAUAAACCAAAACCGCAACCACAAGCACCAACGCGAAAUGAGCUGAAUGGUUCAGUCAAACCGAUCCCACCGCCGCGCGAUCAUCUGCGAAUAGAGAAGGAUGGUCGCCUAACGAAUCGGGCCCCGGUGCCAGCGCCACAAGUGCCAGACCGUAAGCUGGUGCCGACGACUCCCCAGCCACACCAGCACAUUGGCCAGGUGGUGGAACCGACGCCCGAUCAACUGAAUAGCAUCAAGAAGUUCGAGGAACAACUACGCAGACGACGGGAAGAGGAGGAACGAAUAGCAGCUCAGAAUGACUUUCUACGAAACAGCAUCAGGGGUUCGCAAAAAUUGCGACACUUGCAGGACAACCCAGUCGUCGAGAAACCCACCAUAGGUGUUGACAAUGAGGCCUACACGGAGGAUGAAGAACCCGAAAAGAUUAUCGGAUAUGGUGAGUUAGUAUCGGCCUUGCAGCGAUUACAGGGUCACCUCAACAAACAUGGCUUGGCCGCACUCGCUGGUAGAGUUACGGCGGCUCAAAGUCUUCUGCUGGGUCCAGGUAUUGCACGUGCCCUCGCUGCUCGCACGGCUGUUCUGGAGAGGAGGCGACCACGGAUACAAAACCCCAUUUGCUCAAAUGCUCAGGCACUGGCUAAGGACUGCGUCGAAUCCCUGGCCCAGUCAAGUACACCAGCUGCAAUAGAACUAUGUGAUCUGCUCUCGACGUACGAAAUGGAAGGACUGUUGCAGGCGCACGAUCGGAUCGCGUCGACAACCGAUCGUUCGCCCGCCUACGGAGUCAGUGCAGCCAGUCAGAAUCCCGCGGUGCCAUUGCCAUUGAACAAUAAUACGAUGACCAGCGCUACUCCGGUCAAACCGACAUCAGUUUUGCCAUCUAUUCCAAAUAAUACUAGCCUAGUUAAUAACAAUAACAAUAAUAUAGCAAAGCGUGAGCCUAUGAGCGUUCCUCUCGGUGUUCUGCGGGACGGUAGUCAGGAUCACAUAAGAAUAAUACAAAUUGAAAAGUCUUCUGAACCGCUGGGAGCCACCAUUCGGAACGAGGGAGAGGCCGUGGUGAUUGGACGGGUGGUGCGUGGAGGAGCCGCCGAAAAGUCCGGUCUGUUGCACGAGGGAGACGAACUGCUCGAAGUAAACGGUAUCGAAAUGCGUGGGAAGUCCAUAAAUGACGUCUGUGCUCUGCUCAGUGCAAUGACCGGUACACUUACGUUCCUAGUAGUACCCGCUAGCAGGCCUCCAUUGGAUCCGACCAUACGAGGUGGAACACGGACCGGGUCCUGCGCGGUAUUGCACGUUAGAGCACACUUUGACUAUGAUCCGGAAGACGACCGGUACAUUCCGUGCCGUGAGCUUGGCAUCAGUUUUCAGAAAGGAGAUGUGUUGCAUGUGAUAUCUCGUGACGAUCCCAACUGGUGGCAAGCGUAUCGAGAAGGAGAGGAAGACCAAACCUUGGCCGGACUUAUACCGAGCCAGUCAUUCCAGCAUCUGUGCGAAUCCAUGAAAUUGGCCAAUGCCGGAGAGGUCGGUUUGAGAGCUCGAAGGGACGCCAACGGUAAGGCUGGUGGAUUUACAUUGCUUUGUGCCAGAAAAGGACAGAAGAAGAAAAAGAAGGCCAGUAGCGAGCAUGGCUACCCUCUGUACGCUACAGCAACCGCCGAAGAUCCGGAACCAGAGGAGAUCCUAACGUACGAGGAGGUCGCCCUGUACUACCCUCGUGCAUCCCACAAACGGCCGAUAGUGCUGAUUGGCCCACCGAACAUUGGACGGCACGAACUUCGACAACGACUGAUGGCCGAUUCGGAACGAUUUGCUGCUGCCAUUCCUCACACAUCUCGUCCUCAACGCGAGGGAGAAAUUCCUGGACAAGACUAUCACUUCAUCUCGAGACAGCAGUUCGAGGCGGAUAUACUCGCAAGGAAGUUCGUUGAACACGGAGAGUACGAGAAGGCUUAUUACGGAACAUCGUUGGAGGCGAUUCGAGCAGUGGUGGCCAGUGGAAAGAUAUGUGUGCUGAACCUCCAUCCCCAGAGCCUAAAACUUCUACGUUCUUCGGACCUGAAGCCCUACACAGUUCUGGUGGCACCACCAAGUUUAGAGAAGCUUCGUCAGAAGCGAAUACGUGCUGGGGAACCUUACAAGGAAGAGGAACUGAAGGAGAUCAUUGCCACGGCGCGGGACAUGGAGGCACGGUGGGGCCACCUGUUCGAUAUGAUCAUCAUCAACAAUGACACGGAGCGAGCCUACCAUCAGCUUCUCGCCGAAAUAAACUCACUCGAACGUGAACCACAAUGGGUGCCAAGUAGCUGGCUGCAUAACUAAUUGCCUGGUCAGUGAUCCAUUUUCUACUUAUACAUUUCUUUUUUUCGUUGUUUGUAAAGGAAAGAACACUAUCGUUUAAGUCUGAUAUACUGAUUAGUGAGCGUACAGAUAAAUUAUCGUAAUUUAUGUAAGUAGAUACUUAGACAGAAGAACAAAACAUUCCAAUAGCAGAACAAACUUUGUCCAUGCAUAUACUACAACUUGGAAUGACGAAACUGGAUGAUUGCUGAAAAUCAAAACACGUUUAUAGGAGUAUGCAAAUAAAAACCCAAUUAAUAGUUAAGCAAAGUUGUUAUUUUCGUUUUUAAAAACAGAGUAUAAAAGAUUUAUUUUAUAUUUAGAUCAUUUCCUGUAAAAACAUACAUAGAAAGAUUGUUUUAUAUGUAAAUUUUAUUUAUCUGUCCAUAUUCCUGUACAAUUAUGGAGGAAAAACUGAACACAAUAAAAGCAAUUUCUAAAUGUUAAAAGAAUAAACUUAAAAUAGUCAAACUCAAAAACCCCUUACAUAAUUCAAUAAACGUAACGCAUUAUAAUAUUCAGACUAAAACAAAGGAAAAGAAACACAAAAUCGAAAAAUUCAUUGAUCCGGUUCGAAAAAAUAUGAGAAUAACAAAAAAAAUAUUCGUGUUCACAAUUUACUCUAGAAAGAAAAGAACAUCAUAACUAGCGAUAACUAGCAGUAACAAAUUGAAGGAAAAGAAAAAAAACAUAAAACAAGACAUAGAACAAAAAACAACCAGCUUAAAUUCAUCCACAAAGAGUUUAAAAAUUGAUAUUUUUGAUACGUAUUCAAAUGAAGUCGAGAAUCGUUUGCAGUUAGCUGCCGAUUAGUUUGCGACAUUAAAAAAAAGUAAAUUCUCUCCGGUCCGAUAAAAACCGCCUUCGAAAACAAGAAAGAAACAAAAAAUGAAAGUAAAGGAAUCAAGAAAAUAUUAUUACGCUCAAUAUUAUGCAUGUAUAGUCGUAAUAACAAAAAACGAAUAAUAAACCACCAGAGAAACGAGAAAAAGAUGA